UUUAUAUUUGACAGGAACACAGAAUAUUCACAAAGACAGUAGAGCAAGCGAGUUUGAGGAAGUCAGAUUUCCUACCUCUGUUUUCUUGUAUCUGCUAUAUCGGAUGUCUCAGUCAUAUGUUUCAGCUUCUGAAAAUGAACACCUUUCAGGAGUCCUGUUGCUCCAUUUUUGGCAUUCUCUUGUUUUUCCUUCUUCAGGGGUCAUGUGUGAUUGUACAUAAAGCUGUUGGGAGCUCUCUGCGUCUAAUGCAUGAUAUUCCAAAAGAAAACCUUAGUCUGGUACAAUGGAAAUUAAAUGAGACAAUGUUUGCAGAGUAUGAUGGAACUAAGUUUAAUGACGUAAAACAAAACAUUUUUGCUGGAAGGUUAAGGAUGAACCUAAGUAUGAGUCAUAUUAGUGUAACAGUAGAAGAACUUCAUUUCCAGGAUUCUGGAAGGUUCUCCAUUGUUGCAGAAGGACCCCAGUCUAAGCAAUAUAAAACACAAGACAUUGAGUUGCAUGUGCAAGAUCCCAUCAGAGAUGUACAGAUUAAGUCCAAUUUUACCUGGCAGGAGUCAAAAAACACAUGCACAUUUCAUCUUCAUUGUCUAGUCUCUGGCGAUCUGAAGCCGUCCUACAACUGGAGUGGCUAUGAGGUUGGGAGUGAACAACAUCUACAUUUCAAUCUCCAUCCAUCAAUGAGCGUCACACUCAAUUGCACAGCCAGUAACCGUGUCAGCAUUAAGUCUUCUACCUUGACCGUGAAGUGCAGUGAGGAGUCUAUAUCAAGUUUUCUUCAGUACAAGUACUUGCUGAUUGCGGUAGGAACUGGAAUUAUGGGAAUUCUCAUGCUGAGUGGAAUCAUAGCAGCAUGCUGCAGAUGGAGGACCAAUAAAGAAAAAGGAGAGAGUGAGGCAGAGAUAACAGUGUACGAAGACGUGAACUCUGGUGGCACAGCAAGGACAACGAAACGAACAGAAAGUGUUGUGAAUGGGAUGUCUAUUUAUGAAACCGUGGAUGAAACAAGAAUCAUGUCAAACAUGCCUCAAACCCUUUAUGACAAAAUCAACUAUCAACGUCACCCUGCUGAUGGCCCAAGCACUUCCUCUCCCAACCAGGAAGUCUUUGAGUAAGGCAUAGAUGGACUGUUUAUGCUUCAUUUCGAGCUUACACCUCUGGAUCUGUUUAAUCAUCUUAACAUAUGUAUUAUAGUCUGAAUCUGGUGACUUUUGAACUCUGUGAUUGAACCCCUGCAUUAAAUUAAUGUUUCAUUAAAUGUAACAUUGAAACACUUUUUGCACGCACUAGCUAUAACUUUCAAGUUCAAGUUGCAGUUCACCCUAAAGAUGCAACUGCCCAAGUUUAGCAAUAAACCAAUCUCAGUAUAAUAGUGUGAAUACAUAUUCAGAGUGACUAUAUUUUCUUUUGGAAAAAAUACUUGAAAAGAGAAGCCAUUCACUCACACCCUGCAAUUAACUUUUGUAUGAUUAGUAAAUCAUACAUCAUUAGUAAAUGCCUUGAAUUGCUUUGAACUGUAAUAACCUGUUCACAAUUGAGAGAAUAAAUAUAUCUUGGCUUUGCAUGUAUUUAUGGUACUUAAACCCUGAACAUGUUUAUCAUUGAAUGGAUGAAAAAUAAAUGUUUACUAAUGGCAUAUUGUAACUCAUCCAAACAGCCACUCUGGUGACAACGGAACAGUCAUUGACGUUACACCCCUUGAAUUGGGUAUGGUAUUGCACAGCAAGUCAAAUUCUGGCAACAUUU